AUGGAGGCCGGCGGCGCUGCUGCCCGAAUGCACCAGCACCCGUAUUACCCGCCGGGCGUCGCCAUCCCCGGCUGGGCGCCGGACGACGCGCCACGGUUGCGCCGAGCGCCCAUGUUCGUGGCAGUCAUGGGCCUCAUCGCUGCCCUCGCGUAUCGUCAGGCGCGCAGCAGCCGGCACGCCCCGCGCGUUCUCGACCGCUUCGCCGCGUCGUGGUUUUCCGUCUGCGGCUUCUUGCACGUGUGCUUUGAAGGAUACUACAUUUACAACCGCACAAGCAUAGCGGGGCUACAAACGCCGCUCGCCCACCUGUGGAAGGAGUACGCCCUAUCCGACUCUCGCUACCUCACCUCGGACGUCUUCACCGUCUGUGUCGAGACCAUCACCGUAUUUGCUUGGGGGCCCUUGUGCCUGCUCACUACCAUCUCCAUCUUGUCCGGCUCCCCAUCGCGCCACGUCAACCAAGUCGUCAUCUGCACUGCGCAUUUGUACGGCGUCGCGCUUUACUAUGCGACCAACUGGGCGGAGCAGCGCUUCUUGGGCACCUCGUACAGUCGACCCGAAUUCCUCUACUACUGGGUCUAUUACGUCGGCUUCAACGCGCCUUGGGUGGUUGUUCCUCUUGUCUUGCUGUAUGAUAGCUACGUCCAGGUCGGCAGGGCGUUUGGGGCUUUGCAGGACAAGGUCGAGCGGCGGAAGAAUCACUAA